AUGGAAGACAUUGUGAGCGAGUUGAACUUCGAUGAAGGCAUUGCCAUGCCUGUUGCAAAUCUCGAGAAUAAACAGCUGGAGAGUGAGAUUGAACUAGACAAGACAGCUGAAGAGUUCCGCAAGGCACACAGUGAGAGACAAGAGUUACUGCGGCAGUGGGAGAAUACUAUUGAACAAAUGCAGAAAAGGGACAGAGAGAUGGACCAGCUGGCUGUGAAACUUGCUGAGGUAAAACUGGAGGUCAGAGACAGAGAAGAUCAAGUUCAAGAGAAACAGAAAUUUCUGGAGAGUGAGCUUGCAAACAAUCAAGAAAAGGAGAAGAAAGUUGGGGUUGCUGAAAGACAGGCUGCUAAAAUGAGACUGGAGUACCAGGAUGCUGAACAGAUCCGUAUUCAAUUCCAAGAUGAGCUUGACACUCUGAAAUAUACCGUGGAUAGAACAGCAAAAGAUCUUGAUAGUGCCAGACAAAAACACAACUNCAGCAAUCUAAAACUACCAUCGGCAGAGAACUUAAUUAAGCACAAAAGCAGUCAGUUUGUUUUCGACUGUCUUCAAAAUAAUGUUUGCACCACCUUUAAGACCCACCUUGAAAGAUCACCUCACUCUAAGAACACAAGGAACAAUGGUUUAUCAGUGAAAGUACCUAAAGUUCACCUUGAAUUUGGGAUGAAUAGCUUUCACUAUCAAGGAUCCAAGAUUUUCAAUGAACUACCAAUCGAAUUUAGAUCCAUAACUUCAAGGAAAUUUCUGGAGAGUGAGCUUGCAAACAAUCAAGAAAAGGAGAAGAAAGUUGGGGUUGCUGAAAGACAGGCUGCUAAAAUGAGACUGGAGUACCAGGAUGCUGAACAGAUCCGUAUCCAAUUCCAAGAUGAGCUUGACACUCUGAAAUAUACUGUGGAUAGAACAGCAAAAGAUCUUGAUAGUGCCAGACAAAAACACAACUUACUCAAGAAGGAAGUUACCAACAGAACAGAAAAGCUUGACAGAGUCCAAAGGGAGCGAGAUGAUCUACGAGAGCAGCUGAAAAUUGUGACUGACGAGACUCUCACUGCUGAAGAGAAAGCGCAGCGAAUGGACAUGCUGUUAAAGGAAGAAGAAGCAAGAAUUUAUGAUGUAGAAAAACAGUUGGCUAGAUUACGUGAAACGCAGUUCAGAAAAACAGAAGAACUACACCAGUGUAAAGUUUUGGAAAGCAACACUGCAGCAGAAAUUCAGGGGGCUCGUGCUGCCAGCAGGAAUCUGAGUAGCAAACUACACAAACUUGACCAGGAAUCACUCAAACAACAGGAAAUUAUCUACAUGCAGGAUUUCCAGCUGCAGCAACUGGAGCGAAGAAUAAGCCGCAUGCAGGGAGAGAGGAGCAAUGAAGAGAAGCUGCAGCUAGAGGCCAGAAUUAAGGUAAAGAUUAUGAGUGUUAACUGCGUGGCUAUGGAUGAUUUAAAAGGGGGAAAAUGUGUCCUACUCACUCAGCAACCCUUAGAAAUAAGAGGUGCAUGUAUUCACAGAUUACACAAUGAACAAUGCUUCUGCGUUUUUCAGGCGAUGAAGCAACGCCGUCAUGAAAUCGAUAUCCACAAAGACAUGUUGAAAGCACAAAUCAAAUCUUCUGAAGAGGAAAGGCAGACUGUGAGCUCUGAACUACAUGAACGGAUAUCCAAGAUAGACAAAUUACGGAAAAGGUAUGAAAUCCUGAUGAUAUCCAUGGCACCUCCUGAGGGGGAGGAGGAGAGGUCUCAAGCUUAUUACGUCAUCAAGGCAGCUCAAGAGAAGGAAGAACUUCAGCGAGAAGGAGAUGAACUGGACGCGAAGAUCAGGAAGGCUGAGAAGGAGAUCCGGGCGUUGGAGAACACUCUUCGGUUAAUGAACGGUCGUAACGAGACAUACAGGAAAAGCUUUAAUAAGGUGGAUGAGAUGAGUGAAGAGUUUGACGAGAAGCAGCGCUUGGAGGAUCAAAUGCGCGCUGUCAUGGACAAAUACAAAUACAAACGGCGACAAAUCCGCGAGCUACAGGAGGAUCUGGGCUCCAUGCAGAACACACUGGACAACUUGACAGCUGACGAACAAGCCUUAGUGGAAGUGAUCACAGAUAAACAAGCAAAAGCGACAAAUUUACAGAAAGAACUGGACGAUCAGAAGGUAAAGAAAGACAGAGCUGCCCGCGAGGCCAGUAAAAUAGCGCGCACAGUCAGAAGCGCCAAGAAAAGUUCGGGAGAACUCCACGAAGAGAGAGACAUGGAUUUAAGAGAGCUACGAGAGUUUAACACACGUACAAUGAAGCAGAUGGGAGAAGUGUUACACAGUCACCCGGAUCUUGGCCCCAGUGUUCAGAUCUACUUCAGCCAGGCCGGGCUACCAAUGCCACCCUCCCCAGGCCCUGGUGCGUCACGACCAACAUCGUCUCGUAGCUCCAGGAGUUCUGGAACAGUGUCUUCCGCUAGAUCUGAUAUCUCCACCGGAAGUCGCCGAGGUGUUGGUACGGUGGACGUUGGUGCUCUUGCUUUGUCUGGAGCCGCUAGUCCUUCUGGGGCGGGAAGUCCCAAAGCAGGUGUCUCGCCUACCGGUAGUGCGCGGGGAAAGAAGACGAGUUCCCGGCCUGGUUCCGCAGCUGGUUCCAAGGCCUCUUCCCGAGCAGGCAGCGCAGCAAGUCGCCGAAGCACAGAGCGUCGUUAGCCCAUAGCUCACUUAUUUAUUGAUAACAAAUUCAGUGCUCGUUCUCAAUACUUUUAUUUGUCGCUCAGCUUACAAUAUUCUUGUAAAUACACAUGAUGUAAAUACUAACGUAAUUUCUAAAAGAAACCAGUGGAGCUUAUUGUUGUGGUGGUGGUUAAUAAUCGCUUUUGUAAUAAAGAGUGGAAACUUUC